AUGUAUACUUUGAAAGGUAUUUUCCCAGAGCCCAAGAAAGCGCAAAAAAAGAAUUAUAUUAAGGAAAAUAUGAAACAACUUAAAUUUAUUCAGGGUAAAUCACCGAAAGAACCAAAGUUACCAACGAAAAAAGUUCACCAAACGCGUCAAAUAAGUUCGACAGCUGCAGCAAGUUCUCUAGACCAGGUUAAAUCUUCAUCGUCCGGCAAAAGUCGUCCAUCGCUAAAUGUGGCUAAAAGCACUUCACCAAAUUCACGAAAAAGGCGCCCAGAAAUACGAAUUAAAAAAGGCGAUAUGGCUGAAUUUUUAAAGAGGAAAGAACUGAGACAGGCCCACACAGUAGAUGAAACUCCUGAAGAAGAGGAAGUGGUAUCAUCAGGCCGUGUAAGAGAUGUUGGAUGCCAAACCAUUGAAUCAAAUCUAGCACAGAAAUUAGCUGAAUGCACCAAGUUAACUAUGCUCUACCCUAACAAAGAAUCGGAGGAUAGUGAAACUAAAGUCAAAGCAAGUGGUGAUUCAGCUAGGCACAUAAAUGCAUCACCCAUCCAAAGAAAUUCUGGACGAGCUGGCGAUAGUUCAUUAGAAAUAGAUAAAACUCAUAGUAGAUUAAAUGCUAUUCUAGAAAGAAAAGGGAAAGAUCCUUAUUUACCAACAGGUUAUCAGAAGGGUGUUCUCCCAAAGUAUUUACGAGAACGCAAAGAACAAGAUUCUAAAGAGAUGGAAGAUGCGAAAGCUGACGAUCCUACAUCCUGCCCCCCAGGCCAUGUGCCCUUACCCGACACUGAGAGGAAAGAGACAUUACGGAUGCUUAGAAAUAGUUUUGCAGAACUAGUGAGUGAACUGAAUAAAAUGCCAGUGAAGACGGACACACUGCGUAUGCGGAACAGAAAGAUGGAGUUAGAGAAGCAACUAGCAAAGUUAGAAGAAGGCAUUAAAGUGUUUUCCAGACCAAAGGUUUUUGUUAAAAUAGGAGAGUGA